AUGGCCGUGAAUGCCCAACUUGUUAAAAAGUUCCGUAUUCAACCUAUAACAUGCCCUGUUGACAGUAUACGAUGUUAUAUUUGUUCCAACACCAACAACCUAGCAUGUGGAUUAGAUUUUAAAACGUACCAGUUUAAAACAGAAGAUUGCAUAGAUCCUAACGCUAAAUGCGGUAAACAGACACAGAUGCCCCUAGAAGGUGAUGUUUCUACUCAUGGUUGGGUCGGUGUUCUAAGAUCCUGUUAUUUACCAGGAUCGCUUCCGGGGAUUAACGAAACCAACGGAUGUCACAUGUGGACGAAUUACGAUCAGAACUUUACUGCAUCUUACUGUUUUUGCGAUACAGACAAAUGUAACAGUGCAUACACUUUCCACUCCGCCCCUCAUUUCAUUACAUUUGCAAGUGUUUUAAGUGCUUUGAUUCUCUGUAUGCAAUAA